CGGCUGCAGCGCGCGGCCAUGUCCCGCUGGGCCCCGGCUCAGCAGGAGCCCGGGUGGGGGCCCGAGGCCUGGCAGCAGCUCCCGAGCGCCGGCCCCGAGGGGACGAAGCCGUCGGCGGUGCCCGAGGUGUCGCUGUGGACAGUGGUGGCGGCGGUGCAGGCGGUGGAGAGGAAGGUGGAGUCGCAGGCGCUGAGGCUGCUGAGCCUGGAGGGCAGAGCAGAGACAGCCGAGCAGAAGGUGACCGGGCUGGAGAAGGCCGUGCUGGACUUCGGCAGCCGGCUGGAGCGCCGCUGGGCCGCCCUGGCCACCCUGCUGCAGGAGAGCUCCCGCCGCCUCGACCACGUCGAGCGCCAGCUCCAGCACCGGGGUGGGCCCGGGCCCGCUAUGGUCCUUGCCGGGGACGAGCCGAAGAUGCCAGCGGCAUGCGAGGAUGAGGUGGCAGGUUUGCCAGAGCAGGAAUGGGGGAGCAUGGACAGCCAGCAGAAGGAGAUCUCCAGGAUGGCGAUGAAGGGGAAUUACGAUGAGGCUGGAGUCUUCCUUGGGCCUGCGGAUGCCAGCUCCAAACCCACUCUACUGCUGCCAGCCGAGGAUAGGGAGGAUCCGGGUGCAAGGACACAGGGGCUGCCGGACGAGGGAUCGAUGCUGGGGCACCUUGGCUGCAGUGAGAACAUUGUGAUCAAGACAGAAGAGCAGCAGCCUCAGGAGGAAGGACCACAAGUCCUGGCUCUGCCACAGGCACCCUCGCUGAGGCUGGAAGGGGAGGUUCCCCUGAGCCAGGAGCAGCCUGUGCCCUGGGACCACCAUGCUGCCAUAGAUGGGCAGAAGACAGAAGGAUCGGGCUUAGGAGACUUCUGCACACAUGAAACCACCACCCAGCUUGAAUUUAAGCCCGUGGUUGUGCCCGUGGAAGCUCACCCUGCCCCAGGCUUGCCCUUCCCAACAGAGCAUGUGCUUGGUGUGGGGAAUGACCAGCCAUUUGCCCUGCCCCAGGGCAUGCCACUGGGAGCAGAAACUAGCGCGGAGGUGGCCUCAUCGCAGCUCAGCUCGGAGGAGCAUCGUCCUUGCGCCGGGGGAGAAGAGCCCUGCGCGCUCCCGCUGGGCUGGAAGAGCACCCGCCUGAAGCGCAACCUCCUGGCGCGGCAGCAGAGCAAGGCGAGGAAGAGCAACGGCUCCUUCAUCUGCACAGCCUGCGGGAAGAGCCUGGCCCAUCACGCUGCGCUGCUGCGGCACCAGCGCCUGCACACGGGCGAACGCCCCUUCCAGUGCCCAGCCUGCGGGAAGAGCUUCAACGAGAAGUCCAACCUCAACAAGCACUACCGCAUCCACACCGGGGAGCGCCCUUACCGCUGCCCUGCCUGUGGCAAGGGCUUCAUCCAGAAGCACCACCUCCAGAAGCACCAGCGCAUCCAUGGGGUGCAGCUGCGGGGUGGCUGGGCAGGCCGGGCCCCACGGGCCAGCGCUGCCGGGGAGCGGCUCUACCGCUGCAUUGAGUGUGCCGAGAGCUUCCCCCAGAAAGUCUCACUGGAGGAGCACCAGCGCCGGCACACGCAGCAGCGGCCCUUCCAGUGCAGCGGCUGCACCAAGAGUUUCCGGCACCGGCAGUCUCUGAACCACCACCAGAAGAUCCAUGCUGUGGCCAGCUCUCCUGCUGUCAGCUUGCCAAGCCAGGACCGGGAGCUGGACACAAACCCCUGCGCCGCAUUGACCCAGGACAAUCGGUAGCGUGAGGGGUACACAAGGGAAGGGGCAGCGUUUUGUUUCUCUGGGCUGCUCUGCAGAGGUGCGGCAGCCUCUGACAAUGGAACACACGAGGUGGCUGGUGUCACACCGCUGUGGGGCUGUCCGUGACACCGUGGGGCUGGUGGUACCGCCAUGGGGCUCUGCACUGCAUGGGGCUCCAGGAGGAGGAGGAAGGCUGGAGUGCUCUGCAGGCAGCAAAACAUGCAGGGGGUGAAGAGACUGGCCUGGAGCAGUGGAGGAGGUUCUGGGAUCCAGAGCUGAGCCGGGUUGUGCCGCUGCCCCGUGAUGAGGGAUCUGGCUGAGGAGGAGCCAUGUUGGGCACUGCAGGGUGGUUGAACUCAGGGUUAUUGAACACCACCAGUGUGGCAGGGCUGCGGGGUAGAGGCUGGUCAGCAGCUGGGGAAGAGACAUGGAUAAAAGACUGGGCUGAUGUGGUGGUCUCCUGGUGCACUCUGGGCUGCUGGGGUAGGGAGACAGGACUUGUGCGUACAUUGCCCAUGAGUUACAACACACACCUUGACCAUAGCUGCAGUCAGGUGUGUGGCUCCUGCUCUGCCACCCUGCAACUUCCGAUCGCUCACUCUGGUGGAGGGAAGAGCCCGGCUGUCACCCUAGUGUGAGGCACCCUGAGGAUGAUUCCUCACACUUCAUACAAACCAGGAGCCCAAGUACAACCGGGCCCUGGACUCCAUGUCAGGCCCUGGGCAGCUGCUUCCUUCUUGGCCAGGAGGGGAGGAAUCUGAAGCUGCCCCAUGGUAAUACAGAGCUGCCUGAUGGGAAUGUGGAGUUGCUAAUCACAGCCUAUUCUGGGGAUAUGGGCCCCAUGGCAAUUCCUGGGAAUGCUGAGGGAUACCAACCCUCCUGCCUGCAGCCCUGCCUGUGGCAGUCAGGGCCACACCAUUGCCUGUCCUUUCCCAGUCCCUUUGGGUGCUCAGCUUCCCACAUCCCAAAGGCUCAACGUUCCUGGCCAGAGUCCUGAGGUAGUUCUUAUGUCCCCUUGCUUUGGCCCUCACACAGCAUGGCAGCUGCAUCCACUUGAGGGUGUCCCUAUGGCUUUGGUGGCCAUGUCAAUUAAAAGCAGAGCCCUGGAGCUUGGGGGGGACCUAGGCUGCCAGGGGCAGGAUCUUACCCUUCUGCUGGGCCCUGGGGCACACACCAGGGUGCUGGGUCCAGCACAAGGGACUGGGGUGAACUAGGGAGUGUCCAGCAAGGACUGGGACAGUGGCAAAGGGCCAGCAUCCCCUGCAUUAGUGGCUCAUGGGCUUCUUAGUACAAGAAGGGAGCAGAGGCUGUGACCCUUUAUGAUCCUGCUGCCCUAGGCACAGCCCUGCUUUCUGGGAUCUCCCAGCCCCACUGUGCAGCUGCAGUGGCAGAUGACAGCCCUGUGCCUUCCCCACACAUUCACCAUUGGGACAUUGCCCGGGAUCUUGACCAGUCACCAUACACAGAAGGAGGUGAUGGAGCUGAUAGUGAUGACUCCCAGGCUGGAGCUGCCCUUUACCUCACUGCCCAGGCAGAGCCAGGUUACUCCUGCACCAGACAGGCACAGGGUUGCCAUGCACAGCAGGCAGACAUACAGACAAAUAUUUUAUUGAUUCCAUAGCCUGAGAAAAGGGUCUGGGAUUUCAUAGGAAAUGCUGGUCCCAUUCACAACAGCUUCAAAGGAAAAGCCCUGGCCAGAGCAGUUGGCCAGAGGGAGAGGCCGGCCCCUCCACACCACUUGUGCUGGCCUCGGAGACAUCACCCACCAGCAAAACCAUCACACGUGUCAUUGGAACCUACAUGGGAGCUCUACCCAGGCAGGGGUAACCAGUGCUGUCACUACCACAUCACCAUGAAGCAUCAAUGGCCCUGGUAUCCUGCAGUGCUCUGCUGCAGGAAUGUGUGUGGCACCAUCACCCCCUCAUGGCAAACGCUGCAUCCAGGCACUGCAAACCAUCCCAGAGGAGCAGUGGGAAGUCUUGUGUGUCCCCAAGGAGCAGCAAUGACACUGCCACGCCUCCCCCAGGAGUCACCAGGAAUGAGAAAUAGGAUAAAAGCAGACUGCUUCUCCAUGCGACUUUCAUGGAGGAGUACUCAGACUUGGGGGUGUCAAAUAAUUACAUCAAGCAACGAAGAAUGAAAAUCCUGAACAGAAAAACUAAACUCAUGAGUCUCAGCAGCUCCUCUGGGCUGCAUGGUGCUACCUUACUCUGUACAUGGUCUAGUGUGAGGUGUCCCUGCCCAUGGCAAGGGAUUGGAACUAGAUGAUCUUAAGGUCCUUUCCAGCCCAAACCAUUCUAUGAUUCCAUGAUUCUGUGGCUGCUGGGCCUGGCUUCCAUCGCUUACCAGGCUUCUAUUACCCACCUGCCUCAGGGCAGGCCUCGCUCCAGAAGCCAUUUGAGGUAGCAGAACUAGUCCUCCAUGGGAUUAGUUACAGUGGGAUUUUGCACGUGACUAAAGGAGACAAUAUGCAGUUUGGAGAGCAAGGGCUUCCUUCUUUCUGCAGUGGGACCAGGUGGCAGCCAGUACUGAUGUGUGGCAGCUGUCAUGAAGAGGGGGUUCCUUGCGUGGAGUGCUGUAGUGCUGCAGGUGUCACCUUACCUGUGAAGUGCACCUGUGCAGGCUGCUCCUGAGAGGACACUGACAGGUUCCUGCAGGCUGGCCCUGUUGCCAGAAGGUAUUGCUGGGACCCUGAAAUCACCUGCAGCACCCUCACAGCUGGAAAAUGUUAUGGUUUGAUUUGUUCUAUGGAUCUUCCAAUGCAGAUUUUGUCACCAGGGUAGGGUAUCAGCUAACUAUGGCCAGUAUACAGUGGGGUCUCAGAGAUGCCACACUCUCUUCAUCCAGCAUCCUGGUCAAUGAACUUCAUCAGUGACGCAUUCUUUGGGAAUCUUGCCUGGCUCACUGGCGUGAUUCCCUUCCCUCUGUCCUCUUCACCAUGUCAUUGUGCUUCCACACACGAGGGGCCAUCAAGUAAUGGGUAAUCAGCUGCUGUUUGCAAUUCCUCUCUGGCUGCAGUAGAUGUAACUGAUGAUUCCCCAGAAAGGUCUGCUUGGGAAAACUUGGGGAAUAAGCCAGUAGACACAAGAGUCUGAGGAAUGGCAAAGCGGUUUGGAUCACUGGAGGCUUCUGUAAUUUGCUGCUUAGGGUGCCUCCAAGCUUGUUCCUUCUACAAUUCAGGAAAGCUCCUAAAAUCCAAUGGACAGAUGUUUCACAAUCCCAGUGUCUCACCAUGUGCAAUAUCAGUGCUCAUGCAGUUCCCCUCUGAGGUCACGAGCAGUUUGGCUCUGCCCAUUAUCAUUUCUCCAUCAGCUUCGAAACCACUGCCCUGUUCCCCAGCCUAACCACAGGCUGGACGUCUUGCCCAGCCCAGCUAUGGGAGCUCACAUCCAGCCUGAGGUCUGCCAGGCCAAGUGGGAGCGCAUUUGCUGGUACAGUUUCGGCUGGAGGGCUCGUGUUCCACCCGGAUGCCUCAGGUGGUGAGCAAGGAACACUCCUGUUCAUGGGCACCUCUGGGGCUUCUUGCGACUGGGGCUGCUGGGACACUGGCACACUCUGCUGGACUGCAACCGUAGCCUUCUGGCGCUCGUGUAUCUUCUCGUGGCGCAAGAGGUGGGUUUUGCGGGUGAAGCAUUUCUUGCAGAUGGAGCAGCAGUACGGCCUGUCCUGCGUGUGGGUCUGCAGGUGCCGAUGGAGGUUAUAGGUGCAAGAGAAGAUCCUUUUGCAAAGGUUGCAUUUCAAUAUAGGCUUCUUCUGAGACUUAAGGCUCUGCUGCCGGGUCAAACAUGUGCUGGACAGGCUCGGGCUGUCCACCUCCUCCUUGGGCUGGGCCAGCCAGGGCCCUCCCCCUGCAUAGGUCCCACUGGCCAGGCUGCGCGCAUCUCUGAAGAGAGCCCCGCAGAACUUCCCUCUGGGCCGGAUCCUCAGCUCGGGAUGGACAUUACCCCAGACUUUGGCACCAAAGGCCCUGUCUUUUAUGUGGAUGCUCUGGUGCAGGUCGAGGUGGCGUUUGUCCGUGAAGCUGAUCUCGCACAUGGUGCAUUCAUAGGGCCCCUCUCUGGCAUGGCUCCGCUGGUGAAUGAUGAGGUUGAUCUUCAGGCGGAAGCGCUUCCCACACUCGGUGCAGGGGUGCGACCACUCGCGCACGUAGCCGCGCCGGCAGUUACCCAUCAGCAGGCUACUGCUUGCGCACCGGCUCGGCUUCUUCUUGCUCCUGGCCUUGCCCUGCUCGCUUCUGGGGCCGUUGGGGAAAGCUGUGCUGGAAGAGGCUGCAGAAACCCCUUGUAACACUGCAGGCUCCUCUUCCUUCACCUUGACUUUUUUAGGAGCUUUGUCACGUGCCGGUUGCUUUUCUGUUAAUAAACCUUCCUCUGAAACAGAA